ACCACUAGGGGCGGGGGCCAAGCCCAGGGGCGGCGGCGGAGGCAGGAAGGACGGAGCUGGCGGCAGGCAGCGAACGGGACGAGAUCUGGGCAGGAGGUGGUGGAUGGGAUCUGGCAGUGCGCUGGUGGAGGGCAGGAUUUGGGCAAGGAGCCAGUGGAGGGCGGCAGGCGGUGGACGCACCCGGCGGCGGCCGCGGGAUCGAGAUGGUGCGGGGGGCGGACAACUGGGACGUAGGUGUCGGUGGGGUGAGGGUAUCGGGGAAAAUCGCUUCGCUUGCACGAGAAGUGCCCCCGAGACCACGUACAGAAUAAGCGGUGCCCUAGUUGUUUUCUAGAUUGUGGCUAAGCAGUUUGGGUGAUAAGCGGAAAAUAAGCAAGAUGUUUGGAUGGAUCCAUGUUCUACAGAUAAGCAGAAAUAAGCGGAUACAAACCAGCCCGUAUCCGGCCAUGAGGCCACAUCCCUUCCGCCAAUAGCACGCAGCGCGUACAGCAACGCCUAAACUGCCCUGGUACCCAACGGCAGCGUCCCGCGCGGCCGCGUGGCACCUGUUCGACGAAUUGCCUCGCUGGCCCGGCGCUUCCCCGCGCUAUGGCGUUGCCACGCGCCGUGAUUUGCCAGCCGUUCUCGCCGUGCCCCGCGCUCCCGGCCUGCCGCACUUCGACCUCGACGAUAGGCUCCGGGCCUAGCUUCGAGUUCCCGCGUCCGCAGCAUCCCGGCGAGCAGAGCCGCCGCACGCCGUUCUGCGCUCGCGCCAGCGUCGGUGCGCCGCGGCGCGCGUACCCCAGGAUCGAGGCGACGGCGAGGCGCGGCGCGCGCACGGAGAACCCCAAGGUCAGGAACCAACGGCUGCAGAAGAAGUUCAAUGGCACGGCGACGAAGCCCAGGCUGUCGGUGUUCUGCUCCAACCGGCAGCUCUACGCCGUGCUCGCCGACGACCACAACAAGAAGGUCCUCUUCUACGGCAGCACCCUGCAGAAGUCCAUCUGCGGCGACCCGCCCUGCGGCACCGUGGAGGCUGCCCGGAGGGUUGGGGAGGAGCUCGUCAGGGCGUGCGAGGAGCUUGGCAUCUCCGAGAUCUCCUCCUACGACCGCAACGGCUUUGCUCGGGGCGAUAAGAUGAUGGCGUUUGAGGUUCCCGUCUCACAGCACGGGUUCUUGCCAAGAUGAGGAGGCACCAGCCUUGCACUGACAGUUCACCGUAGCAGCUUAUUCAGGAGACAAUGAAAGAAGUUGGUUUGGUUCCAUUCCAUGUGAUACUGUAGUUUGUAUGAUCCAUCAGUCCUUGAACAGCAUGUAGUUCAUAUUUCACAGCAGCCACUAAGCAAUUGCUAACAAAGACAGUAUGUCCGAACUCUAAACAUGAUUCCAGUACUAA